AUGAAUGUGCCUCCAAAGCUCCAGUUUCAUAUUCACGUGUUCUCCUCAAACCACAGCGUCAUGGAGAAGACAUUAAAUGGCGGAGAUGGUUUUAAACACCUUGAGGCAACUGAAAAACCCAAGUCAGGAAGAAUGCACCUGUGUUUUGGUCUGCCGGGUAAUUCUGGACCACAGGGACGACAAGGACCUCCUGGACCCGUUGGAGCCCCGGGAGCACCAGGAGCUCCAGGACCUGGUGGGGCAGCAGGGUCCCAAGGAGAUCAGGGACUUCCUGGUCCUGCUGGUACCAAAGGCGAUAAGGGAGAACGAGGGGAUGUGCAGUCCCAAGCGGCUGUGCGUGCCAUCGCACGGCAAGUGUGUGAACAGCUCAUCCAGAGCCACCUGUCUCGCUACAACUCCAUACUGAACCAGAUUCCCGCCCAGUCAGCGGUGUCAAUCCGAACAGUACCCGGACCACCCGGAGAGCCGGGUAGGAGAGGCCCCCCAGGACCUCAGGGAGAGCAGGGGCCAUCCGGCAGGCCAGGUUUCCCUGGUACCAGCGGCCAGAACGGACGACCAGGAGAGAGAGGUGAGUGA